UAGAUUGUUUUUUGGUAGACUCUGCCGCUGUGAGCCUUACCAUGUCUCCUACAGGAGAUUUUCUAGCUUCAACACAUGUAGAUGAUCUUGGAAUUUAUUUGUGGUCAAACCGUUCUCUGUAUUCACUUGUCUCUUUGCGGCCCCUUCCAUCAGAUUAUGAACCUUCUGUGGUGACACACCCUAGCACCUGCCCUUUGCAAGAUGCGGACGUGGUAGAUGGAGAAACUUGUGGUGAAAUGACAGAAUAUGUCUCACCUGAGCAACUGGAAGAGCAGCUGAUGACUCUUUCCUUAUUACCAGAGUCAAGGUGGAAAAAUCUCCUCAGUCUUGAUGUUAUCAAGGAAAAAAAUAAACCAAGAGAGCCACUAAAAGUUCCCAAGUCAGCCCCUUUCUUCAUCCCAACAGUUCCUGGUCUUAUACCUCGAUAUGUUACUCCAGAGGAAGAAAAUGAAAUACAGUCAAAGGUAGUAAACCUUGGAGUACUGGUGCAGAAAUCUAAUUUCUACAUUCAUCUUGAAGACGCCUUGAGCACUAAUGAAUAUACACCUCCACUUAACUUACUGAAAAGUUUGGGACCGUCUAAUAUAGAGAUAGAACUAAGGGGUUUGGCCCCUGAAGGUGGUGGCUCAGUGGAGGUGAUGCUAAGCUUUUUGAGAAUGAUUGGGAUGAUGCUGAACAAGAAGUACAACUUUGAACUUGCACAAGCGUAUCUUGCACUAUUUCUAAAGUUGCACCUUAAGAUUGUCUCAUCAGAGCCAAACCUACUGGAAGAAGUUUCCAGACUGUCAGUGCAACUUGAGGAAACUUGGAUUCAUUUACAGAGUCUUUUCAAUCAGAACCUCUGUGUGUUAACGUAUAUGAGAAGUGCUUUGCUGUAAAAUACUUCAGGGUUUUGCCUGCAUAAAUUUCCCCUUGGCAUAACAGUAGAAUUUUUACCAAAAAUACUAGAUCACAAGAAUUAUACUGGGACUUUUGGUGCUGUAUUUUGUGCAUUUGUGUAUGGUAAAAUAUUUUAGAACAUACGUAACUGGGUAUUUUUAUAUGCAGUUCAGUCAGAGCAAAAACUAUUAUGUGGAGCUUCUGCUGUCAGCAAACAGUUUGACUACUGCAGGUAAUGUAGCUCCUUACCUUAUGAUUUCAUGAGAAUGAAAAAGUGACUUGCAAAAUAAAUUUUUUAAAAAUGUAGUUUCUGUGCAGGAAGGCAAAAUCUGCAUUAUGCUUAAUAAACAAUUGUUGCUGCAAAA